AUGGCAAGCAGUGAAGACGUCGACAAAUCGUUGCGGACCCAGCAAGAAAGCUCUGCACAGCAUCUUGCAGUCAAAAUAGAGGAAAGGCCGAUUGAAAACCCUGGGGAGAAGGAAGAUGCCGAAGCUGAAGAUGACGUUGGACCAAUGCAAUUGGAAAGCCUAUGUAUGAAUUGCCAUGAAAAUGGUGUCACUAAAAUCCUCCUACUCCGUAUUCCCUUUUUCCGAGACGUGCUUCUAGAAUCGUUUGAAUGCCCCCAUUGCUUCUUCAAAAAUAAUUCUAUCAAGGCAGCCGGCCAGAUACAGGAGCAAGGAGCCAAGUACACGUUGGAGGUCGAAAGCCCAGGAGAUCUGGAGCGACAAGUCAUCAAAAGUGAUUCGGCCAUCUUCCGUUUGGAUACUCUAGGAAUAGAAAUGCCCAAGGGUGAGGGCCAACUCACAAAUGUUGAAGGAAUACUAUCAAAAAUUCUUGAACAAUUGGAAAGCGAUCAGCCUGCAAGAAAGACGGUAAACCCAGAACUUUAUCAAUCUUUAGAAACCAUAAUCCAAAAACUGAAGAAAAUACUGAACCGCGAAUCAUUCCCCUUCUCGAUAUCGCUGGAUGACCCAUCGGGCAAUUCUUGGAUCGCACCAGCACCGCAUGACGAAGGGAACAAAUAUCAACGCAAGGAUUAUGCCCGGACCCGGGAACAGAACGAAGAACUUGGGCUUGCGGCGGAGCAAGAAAGCGGGAACAUGAAGGUGGCCGCGGGAGAUCCGAAAGACCUUGAUAUUGUCGAUGGUGUGGUAUACAGUCUCCCUGCCGAGUGCCCUGGUUGCACGAAACAAAGCACGGUCAACAUGCAGAAAGUAGAUAUCCCCCAUUUCAAAGAAGUAUUCAUUUGGAGCACGGUAUGCGAUCAUUGCGGCUAUCGCACAAACGAAGUGAAAACCGGUGGCGCUGUUCCCGAAAAGGGUAGACGUAUUCGGCUACAAGUCGAAAGUGUGGAGGAUCUCUCUCGUGACAUUCUCAAGUCAGAUACUUGUGCUGUUUCGAGUGACGAAUUGGACCUUUCCGUGCAGCCUGGCACGCUUGGUGGCCGGUUUACCACGGUCGAGGGCCUUUUAACUCAGGUGCGGGAUCAGCUCCAUGGCCAGAUAUUUGAAAUCGGUGACGAAGACCUGGCCCCCGGCGACUCGAUGGCCACAGAGGAGAAAGCCACGUGGGAACGAUUUUUCAGCAAACUGGACGCAGCCAUCAAAGGAGAGAUGAAAUUCAAGAUAGUGUUGGAAGAUCCUUUAGCCAACAGCUAUGUCCAGAAUCUUCAUACUCCCAACCCCGAUCUUCAACUGCAUAUUGAAGACUACACCCGAACAGACGAAGAGGAGGAUGAACUGGGAUUGAAAGAUAUGAAAACUGAAGGCUAUGAACAAGACGCUACGGCAGUCGGCGAGGAAUCAUAG